GCCUCAAACCCAGACAUGCUGGUGAAGCUUCUUUUCGAGCGAUUCUCUCAACUAAAGCAUUCAAUUCCUAUGAUUUAUUUCCCUCAGAUCUUCCAAUCUGUUCAUACCUCUGCGAAAAAGGUUAAAGGUAGCAAAUUGAUUGCAUACUGGAAUUCCCAGAUCACCAAAAAUAGUAGAAACGGUAAUAUCAAGGAGGCAGAGUCAAUAUUUUCAAGGAUGCCCAGGAAGAGCACUAUCUCUUGGACUGCUAUGCUCACUGCUUACGCUGAAAAUGGCCAAAUUGCAGCUGCCCGCAGAACGUUUGAAGAAAUGCCCGAACGAACCACUGCAUCCUACAAUGCUAUGAUAUCUGCUUAUAUACGUAAUGGAUGUAACAUUGAUGAAGCUUAUAGGUUGUUCUCUAUGAUGCAUGAACGCAAUGCUAUCUCGUAUGCUGCUAUGAUUACUGGUUUUGUUCGUGCAGGAAUGCUUCCCGAAGCUGAAAAAUUGUACUUUGAGGCCCCGUUAGAAUUGCGGGAUCCAGCUUGUUCAAAUGCACUUAUUGUUGGGCUUUUGAAGACAGAUAGAAUAAAUGUGGCGUUACGGGUUUUUGAGGGCAUGACAGAGAGAGACGUGUUUUCUUGGACUUCUAUGAUGGAUGGUUUGUGCAGGGAUGGAAGGAUUGCUGACGCUAGAAACUUGUUUGAUAGAAUGCCUGAGAGAAAUGUGGUUUCUUGGAGUGCAAUGAUAGAUGGGUAUAUAAAAAAGGGAUGCUUUAUAGAUGGGUUUGAUUUGUUUUUAAAUAUGAGGAGGGAAAAUCGGGUGGAAGUUAAUUCCACAACCAUGACUAUAAUGUUGAAAGCUUGUGGUACCUGUGGUAGGAUUCGAGAGGGAAUGCAAAUACAUGGGUUGGUUUCGCAUAUGGGAUUUGAGCUUGAUGAUGUUCUGGGUAAUACCAUAGUAACUAUGUAUUGCAAUUUGGGUUGUAUGAACAUGGCAAACAGAAUAUUCAGCUCCAUAAGCAAAAAGGACUUAGUUUCUUGGAAUUCCUUAAUCUCUGGUUAUGUUCACAAUAAUGAAGCAGAAGCGGCUUACAGGCUUUUCUUGAAUAUGCCAUUUAAAGACUUGAUUUCUUGGACAGCCAUGAUCACUGGAUUCUGUAAUAAUGGAAGAGUUAAAAAGGCCAUUGAGCUAUUUGAAAUGUCACCAGAGAAAGAUGAUAUUGUCUGGACAGCCAUUAUUUCUGGAUUUGUGAAGAAUGCACAAUAUGAGGAAGCUUUGCAUUGGUAUGUUCAGAUGCUUCGAGAAGGGUACAGACCUAAUCCUUUAACACUGAGCAGUGUUCUAGCAGCUUCAGCUGCUGUGGUGAUACUUAAUCAAGGGCUGCAAAUUCACACUAAUGUUUUGAAGAUGAACCUAGAACAUGAUUUAUCUGUACAAAAUUCUCUUGUAUCAAUGUAUUCCAAAUGUGGGAAUGUCAGUGCUGCCCACAGGAUCUUCAUAGAAAUCAUUGAACCAAACAUCGUUUCUUUCAACUCAAUCAUUAAUGGAUUUGCCCAAAAUGGCUUUGGUGAAAAAGCCAUUAAAAUCUACAAGAAAAUGCAAUGUGAAGGCCCCAAACCCAAUCAUGUUACUUUUCUUGCUGUUCUCUCAGCCUGCACUCAUGCAGGACUGGUACAAGAAGGAUGGAACUACUUCAACUCCAUGAAAUCUGAAUAUGGAAUUGAGCCAGGACCUGAUCACUAUGCGUGCAUGGUGGAUCUCCUCAGCCGUGCAGGAUUGCUAGAUGAAGCAGUUGAUCUGAUAAGGUCAAUGCCAGUGAAACCUCAUUCUGGAGUUUGGGGCGCUGUUCUUGGGGCAAGCAAGACCCAUUCGCGUCUUGACAUUGCUAAGCUGGCAGCACAAUCUAUUAUUGAAAUGGAACCUUCUAAUGCAAAUCCUUUUGUAGUGAUGUCCAACUUGUAUUCUCUUUCUGGGAAAGGGGUUGAGGGGAACCAAGUCAGAGUCACCAAGAACUUAAAAGGUAUUAAGAAAAGCCCAGGUUGUAGUUGGAUUACUGCAUAAGAAAAGAUGGAAGAAUCACACUGAAGUCCCUGAGAAGAAAUGUAAAUAUAAUAAGGUCCCAUAAAAUGUAUAAAUAUCUCUCAAAUCUCAAAUCCCUUAUGUGUUGGAUGGAUGGCCAUGCCCUGACUUCUUUUGGUGAUGUUUUCCUGAUGGCAAAGGGGUGGAUUCUUUAUUUUAUCAACUAACCAUGUUGGAGUAUAAAAAUAAUUUUAUUGGCAUGUGAUGCACAUUGCUUUAGCUAAGUUAUAUGCACAGUUAACAUGGCAUUUGCACAUGACAUGUUUGGGUGUUUGAUCCAAUAACAAGUGACGUUAGGUGCACUGGAGAUAAGAGUGUUAUCAAGGAAGGGCUUCCUUAGUGGACAUUCCUCAUGUAAGCACUCUGGUGAGCCUAUCUGCAAUUUGGCCAAGUUUGGUUUUCCUGUUACAUUGUUUGAAACCUCAGAUCUUCAUUUUCUUUAUGGAUCCUGUUGCCUCCUAGUUUUCCCCAGUUUUCUGUACUGGUAUUUAUGUAUUUUGCAAUUGUAUGCUUAAAUUUCUUAGUGUCUCAAUAAUAUUAUCAAGUUCUUCAA